AUGCGAUUGACAAUAUUGAAUAUAUUCGUGGUACUCAUGCACAUCGGAUGUGAUGCUAUGGCUGAGUCCGUAGCAAACAUGCUUGAAGGUCUUAAGAUUGUGCCAAGCCCGUCUCUGUUUGAUGUGGUCAAUAAAAUGAAGGACGUGUCUGCGUAUGUGCCUCAAGAUGAAAAGUCCGAAGGCGAGGGUGUGGAAGUACGACACGAUGGGAGAAUGUUUGUUGUUCCAAGCGCAGAAGAGGUAGAUGCGGCAAUAAACAUGCUAAGAAAGUACCCGGCGCCAGAUGAGGAUGUGAUUGGAUUCAUGAGAGCAGGAAAUACAGAGAAGUUUCAACAGAACUUCAUAGUGUAUUUUCUGGAUGCUUCUGGGCAUAAUACAAAAAUAUAUCCAGGAAGAGAUGCAUCGAAGAUAUUUGUAUCCACCGACUCAGUAUUGGCAUCGGAGCUGAAUGUUCCUGUGCCUGGUGCAUAUGCGUAUAACUCAUCCGAUGACAUAAGAUAUAUCAUGGCUGUAAACGAUGCGAAUGUAAAAAAGAUUCUCCCACUAUCUUCGCUGCCAAUCAUGGGAUACACUACAAGGGAGAACAUUCAUCUAUACAAUAUGUUGGAUGUAAACAUAUUCUACAUAUUUUUUGAAAACGGACGGUCUGAUGAAAUGCGUGAGGAGUAUUUCGAGCGUUUGGCGGAGUUCAGGUAUGAUGUAAGGGUGAUUUUGGUUCCGGUGAUAGAAGACAAGCUGAAUGUUGGGGAGUAUGGAUUGAGCAAAAGCGAUUUCCCAGGAUGUGUGUCAAUCAAUGAUGAUGGAGGAAAGUAUGUACUAAAGAAUGCAGCAAAGGAAAACAUUGCGGGAUUUAUCAGGGACGUGAUUGAAAAGAAGGCAACGGUGUUUUACAAAACAGAGGAUGAGCCAGCAGACAACGAAGAGAGGAGCGUAAAAGUCAUAACCAGGAAUAACAGCAGAGCAUAUCUCGAAGAUGUUUCUAGGGACAGGCUGAUCGUGCUUGGCAUGAAGAGGUGCCCGCACUGUGUAAAUAUAAAGCCGAUUUUGGAGAGGAUUGGUGAGCUUGCAAAGGCUCAUGCAAAUGACAAGCUAGUGAUUGGCUAUUGUGAUGUUGGAUUGAAUGAUGUAAAUGAUAUUGAGGAUUUCAAUGUGAGGUUUGUGCCUGCUAUAGUUCUAUAUAAAGCAGAAAGUAAUGAGAGUGUACAGUAUUCAAAAGGCGGGGUCAAGAGUUUCCAGAGUGUUGUUGAAUUUAUCCGUGAGUCUGGUACUUUUGGAACAGAUCUAUCUAGUUUUGGAGGCAUGGUCCAUAUUGACGAGCACAAGGAGGAGAGAAGGUUUGAUGCUGGAGAAGGCCUUGCGCCAAAGGCCGAGCUUUGA